CUCUGUGUCUCCAGUUACAAUAUAAUUUAGCACAAUGUCACAGCAGCGAGUCCUGCCUCAGAGUAAAGAAACCCUCCUUCAGUCCUACAACAAGAGACUGAAAGAUGACAUCAAGUCAAUCAUGGAUAACUUCACAGAGAUCAUCAAGACUGCUAAGAUUGAAGAUGAAACCCAAGUCUCUCGAGCGACCCAGAGUGAGCAGGACAACUAUGAGAUGCACGUCAGAGCUGCCAACAUUGUCCGAGCUGGCGAGUCCCUAAUGAAGCUUGUAUCCGACCUAAAGCAGUUCUUGAUCCUCAAUGACUUCCCCUCGGUGAACGAAGCCAUUAACCAGCGCAACCAGCAGCUGCGGAGCGUGCAGGACGAGUGUGACAAAAAGCUGAUCUCGCUGAGGGAUGAGAUUUCCAUUGACCUGUAUGAGCUAGAAGAAGAAUAUUACUCUUCCAGCUACAGUCUGUGUGACACCAAUGAUCUUCCUCUGUGCGAAGCCUACUGGAGAGAAGACCCUGCUGUGCUUUCCCCCGAAGAUCUCUCCAUGCCUCUGUCUGCUGUCCUGGCAGAGCAGAUCACUGCUGCCCCUCAGGGCUCCACCCCAUCGCACCCUCACGUGAACGGGCACGGGGCAGGCCCCGCGGAGCAUUCCUGAAGAAGACGCUGUGCGAGCUGAACAGGUUCAGAGCAGUGGUGCUGAGCUGCUGGAGUCUUCCCUGCUGCUGGAGUAAGCCAGCCUGUCCUUGUGUUUGCAGGUCACCUGCUGCUUGUUCACUGGGUAUCAGCAGUGACCUCACCUCUUGAGCCACACCUGUGAAAGUGUUUCCUUAGGGCUGUAGUAGAAAGUAAUGGGCCAAUAGGAAAUUGACUGCUGUAGCCACUAGGAGCUAGAAUGUGUCUUAUUUUAGUGCAUGAUGGCGACAAGUAGGAGCCUGGAGUUGUCCAUAUGAAUCCUGGGUUGGGAGCUUGUUACGGUGCUGUGUGUGAAUCUAGUGUAUUACGGUUCUGAAUAGGAAAUUUGGGCCAAGGUUUUGGGUGGUUUGUAGGUAUUUUAGUAUUUAUUUCUUCCAAAGACUCAAGAUAAUUAACAUUUAGGUGCUUCCUAUAUCAGUAUUCCCAGGCUCGUCCUCUUCUGGGGUGCCGCUAGAAUGACCGUGACUGUAGUUUGAAAGAAUAAUCAUCUCAUUGUUUGUAGACAGCACUCGUCACCUUCAAGGUGCUUUGCAAACUUGGAUCGUUGUGCUCAGAAACUACUGAGAUGGGAGAGCCAAAACGACAUGGACUCCCUGCCGCACGUUUGCCACAGACAUAAAAGCUAUUCUUUUUGAAGUGCCAGGGAAACUGAGGCAGCAGUGCAGUGACUUGCCCAAGGCUACAGAUGGAGGCAGUGUCAAAGCCAGGAUUAGAAUUAAGGAAUACUGGCUUCCAAUGUGUUGCUCAGACUACUUUUUUUCAAAUGAUCGAUGAAGCUGCUAUGAAGUUAGUUUUAAGGGCACUGAUGAGUGCUGUUUUAAUCAAAAGCAGUGUGGCAAGUUGUGGUUGGAUGUGUGCUCGUGGGUAAGAAGCUCUUUGCCUCCUCUUAACUAGGAAACCAUCCUGUGCAGUUUCCAAGAGCCAUUUCUGGUGCCUCAGCCAUAGUUAGCCAGCUGCACCUGGGUACUCAACUUGCACUGUCCUUAGUAGAGCUCUGUGUAGCUAUUACCUCACCCACCUUCUUCAUAUCCUGGGACCAGCAUGGCUACAGCACCAGUGCAAACAGCUUCCUCCUUUUAGUCAUUUAGGCUAACUCUCAUUGUAUAAUUUGAAAGAAAGUAUUUGAAAGGGGAUGUCUCCAUUGCAGAUCAAUGUCUAACUAUUGCAGAACUAGUGGUGAACCAAGAAUGCCAAGAAAUCCCUUGUCAGUAUUCUACUGUAGCUUCGCGUUUCUCUGGGAGGUUGUUUUCUCCUCCAUUUAUUUGAAUAAAACUAACUUUGUUUUGUAUAAUU